AUGUCACAGGCAACGGCACGCAUCCUCAAGAGCGGUGUGCGAUUGCCUCCGUUGCCCAGCAUACGGGAUCUGGUCAAGCUGUACAAGCUGCAGGCCAUGAAGCAGCUCAGCCAGAACUUUCUCAUGGACGAGCGUCUAACGGACAAGAUAGUCAAGUCGGCAGGUCGCAUUGAUUCCCGCGACAUUGUCCUGGAGGUGGGUCCUGGCCCAGGUGGCAUAACGCGUUCCAUACUGCGUCGUCAGCCACAGCGUCUGAUGCUUGUGGAGAAGGAUGAGCGCUUUAAGGAGACGCUGCUGCUGCUGCGGGAAUGUGCCCGUCCAUUGGACAUGCAGGUGGACAUCUACCACGAGGACAUCUUGCGCUUUAACAUCGAGCAGCAUGUGCCGGACACGGAGCAACGCAUUCAUUUGAUUGGCAAUCUGCCGUUUGCCAUCUCGACGCGUCUCCUUAUCAAUUGGUAUGCGGAUUUGGCUGCACGACGCGGCGCCUUCCGGAGAAACGACACCUGCAUGACGCUCACCUUCCAGAAGGAGGUGGCGGAACGCAUUUGUGCGCAGUUAGGUAGUGAACAGCGCUGUCGUCUCUCCAUCAUGUCACAAAUCUGGACGGAGCCGGUGCUAAAGUUUAUCAUCCCGGGCAAGGCGUUUGUGCCUAAGCCACAAGUGGAUGUCGGUGUUGUCAAGGUGAUCCCGCUUAAGCAGCCCAAAACACAGCUACCCUUUCCACUUGUGGAGCGCGUCAUGCGUCACAUCUUUAGCAUGCGCCAGAAAUACUGUCGUCGUGGCUACGGCACCUUAUUGCCGCCGGAAGGACGCGAGGAGACAACACACAGACUCUUCCAGCUAGCUGAUGUCCAGGAUACGCUGCGUCCAUUUGAGCUGUCUGUGGCCGAGUGUCUGCGUCUAGCCGACGUCUAUGCCGAGCAUCUGGUCACGCAUCCCGAAGUCGCCACUUACAAUUACCGUGGCCCAAAACAGACGGCCAAUCCCGAGUGCCUGGACUGAAUCAACGAUUACGAUUUCAUCAACUUGUUCUUUAUAUUGUAAUAAAGUGUAUUACAUAAGUAGUUCAGUAAAUAGAAACUACAAAAAAAUUGUAAGGCAACCCUUUUAAGGGAGUCAUUGUAAAUUGCUUAUAAAAAAUGUUGUACAAAA